GCUACGUUCGGGAGGUUCGAUGGAAGGUCGAGACGACGAGACUUCCGUGUCGCAGUCGCAACCGUGUACACCAGCGGAGCAGUCGGGUUUGUCGUGUUGGGUGGUUAGUAUCGUGCGGUGUGUGUGUCACGAAAGUCAAACGGUAAACGAAACGUGCGAUAAACCGCAGUUGUCAUGACGUUCGCGUGAGGCUUGGUGCAUUGCGAAUAUCGCCGCCCGAGAACCAUGAGUGAUACCUGGUGCUCGAAUCCGCGGAGUGCCGUCGUUGGUGUGACGGCGCGGUGUAAAUUGGUGCUGCUGGUCUUGGUGCUGCUCGCGAUCCUGCCUGACGUGUACACCGAGACCUACGGGCCGUCCCCGGAUUUUAGCAAGCACACUCUGGUCAGACCGCGGGUCUACCACGCCAGGUCCAAACGCCAGAUCUCAUCCACCAAAGAAAACGAUUUGGACCACGCGGAUGUGCUGACGGUGGCCUUCGAGCUGGACGGGCAAAAACGAGUGUUGGAUCUCAGGUUGAACACGGAUCUGAUUCCGGUCGGCUACCAGCAGCGUCAUCAGCAUCAGGGCACGUACAAAGUGCACACUCCGUCCAAAGUCGAGCUCUGCCAUUAUCAAGGCAGCGUUCGAGACGUUCCUGGGUCCUGGGUGGCGGUGUCCACUUGCAAAGGAUUGCGCGGGGUUGUUUUCGACGGAGAGAACCUCCACCACAUCCACCCGGGAGGGGAGACUCUGGACUCGGAUCAUUACGUCUACGAGCACGCAGAUCUCGUCGCCAAUCACACUUGCGGUUACGAAGGAACGCCGCACCAUGUUCACGGGUACGGGCACCGCGGCAACAGAGCCACCAGGCACAAAAGGGCGGCCGAGGUCGUCCGUGGACCGUACAACGCAAACAGGCAAUCCCGGUACGUGGAGCUGGUCUUCGUGAUCGAUAAAAAGGAGUAUAUCGCGCUCGACGAGAACCUAGACAAGGUUUAUCAACACUGCAAGGAUAUCGCGAAUAUCAUCAACGCAUUGUACAUGCCUCUGAAUAUAUUCGUCGCGCUGGUCGGCGUGCAAGUUUGGUCGGAUACGGAUGAAAUAACGUUGUCGACCAACGGGGACACCACCCUCUCGAAUUUCCUACGGUACAGGAAGGAUAAACUAGUCCAGGACAUGCCCAACGAUAACGCUCAGUUGUUGACACGGAUCACCUUCGACGGUGGCGUGGUGGGAAAGGCGCUCAAGGGACCAAUAUGUACGUGGGAGUUCUCCGGUGGAGUCUCGAUGGAUCACUCGAACGUGGUGGGAUUAGUGGCUGCCACCGUGGCUCACGAAAUGGGCCACAAUUUCGGCAUGGAGCACGACUCCGCCGAUUGCGAGUGUCCCGAAGAGAAAUGCAUCAUGUCAUCCUCGAGCGGUUCGUCUGGACCGACUCAUUGGUCGACCUGCUCGCUGGAGCACCUGGCUCUCGCCUUCGAGCACGGAAUGGACUAUUGUUUAAGGAACAAACCGCAGAAGCUGUUCGACAGCCCAAUCUGCGGUAACGGAUUCGUGGAGCCCGGGGAGCAGUGCGAUUGCGGGUUGAAGGAGCAUUGCGACAACCCCUGCUGCAACGUGACCACCUGCAUGCUACACAGUAACGCGAGUUGCGCUACCGGCGCGUGUUGCGAUCUAAAAACCUGCCGACCGAAGACGGCUGGGACCGAGUGCAGAAGUGCCGACCACGAGUGCGACUUGCCCGAGUACUGCACCGGCCAAAGCGAAUACUGUCCGGUGGACGUGUUCAAGAUGGACGGCGAGUCGUGCAACAUGGGUAAAGCGUUUUGUUAUCAAGGCUCGUGCAGGACUCACAACGAUCAAUGCAAGCUGCUUUGGGGUCCCACGGGUACCUCGUCCGACACGCCUUGUUACGAGAUGAACAACAAGGGAACCAAGCAGGGCAACUGUGGUUUCAAUCGAGUGGCCGAUAGUUACUUCAAGUGCACCGACGAAAACCUUCUCUGCGGCAUGCUGCACUGCAGACAUCAGAACGAGAGAUUAGAAUUUGGCAUGGAGUCCGUGUCGAUCCUGAGCCACUCGUUCAUCAAUAACGGAGGCAAGAUCAUACCGUGUCGGUCUGCUAUCGUGGAUUUAGGAUUGAACGAAGUGGAUCCCGGCCUCGCACCCGAUGGCGCCAAGUGCGCUCCCGGAAAGAUGUGCGUGAACCAGAAGUGCAUGCCAGUGGCCGACCUGCGCGCUUCCGUGUCCGGGGGCAGAGCGUGUCCGAACGAUUGCGGAGGCAACGGGGUGUGCAACAGUCUAGGGCAUUGUCACUGUAAUCGCGGGUUCCGGCCACCCGACUGCACUCUACCUGGCGUGGGUGGCUCCGAGGACAGCGGCCCCGCGGAGGAUCCGAACGCGAGGAACGACUUCAUAAUGGCCCUGUACAUCAUCUUCCUGGGGAUCGUGCCGAUGAUCGCGCUGUCGUCGUUCGGCGUCUGGUAUAUGAGAAACUCCGGGCAGCAUUGGAAAAAGGGCAUGAUGUCAACGAGCGAUCGCGGCCACAACGGACUGUCCAUCAAAACGAUCGAUCGUUCCAGUCCCUUGCCUCGUAACAUCGAAACGAUCGAUUCUAGCCUCAGUCAGGAUCCGGCGUGCGCGAGUCUAUUGCCGAAGCCGGACACCGACGAGCGUUACAACAAUAAUUUGUUCGGCCAGUUCAAAGGUUUCACGAUCACGCCGAUCAAGGCGAAGAGCCCCGAGCCGAGCAAACCGGCGCCUCCUCCGCCCACGAUCCCCACCGUAGCCAUUAAGACUAACAUCAAGCCGAUACCGAAGAGCAACCCGUCGCGAAGCUCGUUGCUCGGUUCCGGCUCGAGCUUCAACGAAAUCGACGCGCCUCCGACGCUUCCGCCGCUAAACCCGGGGUGCACGUCUCGCCCACUGAUCAGUAGUCCCGUGUUAGCCGCGACCACGUGCACCUCAGUAGAGCUGGUGGCUCCGAAAGUCAAACCUGUGAUCGACGGACCGACCAGACCCGCGCCGGCUCCACCGAUCUCGGACGUUCAAAAGCAGCCGAGACCGAACAGCACGCCUCUGACCAACGUGCUGCUCCCGGAACCCGAGAGGAAACCGGACAAAGGCAAUACAUUGAACAGAAUCGCCUCGAUGUUGAGACCCAACUCCGGAAUUAUGAAGGGAGGCCUACAGAUCUCGCAUAAGGACGACAAGACGAACACGAACUCGUUGCCGAGGACGCACCAUCUCAAAGCGAACAAAGUGAUAGACAAGGAGAUCUUGAGGAACCUAGAGAUCUCGAAUCCCAUACCGCAGAAGGAGAUCGAGAUUCCCACGCCGGCGAUUCCCGUCGUCCCUGUAGUGGACACGGAGAGGAAGAACGUGGUCCUACGCGCGCAGUCGAUGAGAGACAGCAAGAUCACCCCGAGACCAGCCGUACAGACUUUCGGCUCGAUGCGACAAACGUCGUCUGUCAAGAGGCCUACGAGUAUUCCAGCGAGCACGAGGCCCACCGCGCCUCCGCCGGAGCCACCCACUUCCGCAACGAUGAUCAACGAAACGGUGAAGAUCCCUGGAUUACCGGGAUACCAAAAUCCACAAGUGAAGAGCGCGGCGAAACUCGUGGAGAACACUUACGACGAUUGCAUGAACUUAGUCUCUGAAUCAUCGUUGUCUAAGAUAACUGAAGAGUCGCCUACGAACGACAAUAUCUACGCAGUGAUAGAAGAGACGCUCCCCGAAAAAAAAAAGAACGCGGAACCAGAGAAACGAAUCGACAACGAAUACAAGUUGCCGAAACGAGUCGAGGCGCCGCCGAAUCCCGGUGGCCUGGAUUCAAUGGGCCUGCUGUCCGAAAUCGUGUCAGAGAUAUCAAAUAGGAACUUCGAUUCUAUCUAUUCAACGUCGACCCUGUUCAGAAAGCCGCAGAAGAACGAGGAGGCGGCGAAGAACGCCGAGUAUUUGAGUUCGGGCAGUUCGAUGGGCGCCUAUGUGAACUCUGCACACUACAAGUCUCCGGAUAGUAUUUAUUCCAAUUCCGCGUCCGGGAAGUUUAACUCGUCCAGUUCUACUACGAGCUCGGGAUAUCUGAAUCCAUCGGCGCUGAACGUGCCGCAGCAAGAACCUGACAAGCCUGACGCGAAACCGUUCAACAAAAGUAAACCGUUGACUCUUAGUUCGACUAAUCCGAACGUAAACGACGAGAUAUCGAAAGAGCUGGGCAUGAAACCUUCGGAAAGCAUCGCGACUCGUAAACCAGUGGCACCCGCGAAGAAUCGGCCGAUUGUCAAGACCGAGGAGAAGGAAAGUAAGGAGCCGUUGAAGCCCCCGCUUGGAAGGACGAAAACGCCGCCGAAUAUAACGAAGAGCAGACAAACUUCGGACGCGUCCAAGUCUAAACAGAAUUCUGAGAACAAUCUGAAGGGUUCCAGGCAGAAUUCGUUAGACCGGCAGAGUUCCAGCGACAAUGGAAAUGGUCAAGAUGAGCAGGAUACGAAUGUUAAUAGAUUAUCCCUGAAAACUGUGCCUUGUAAUACUAAGGAUAACGGGGGAAAGUUCAACAGCCCGGACCUGGUGUCGAGCUGCUCGAACGCGAAUCAAAUCAGUACAAAGUCACCGGACGUUGUGGGCAAUCCGAAGGUUGGCUUCCAACCGAAGAACGUCCAGAAGACGGCCACAAUAACGCGUACCAGCGUGACGAGGUCGUCUCCCACGACGCCGACCAAGCCGUUGAGCAUCGCGUCCAAGAUAAUCGCGGAGAAGAAAAAGUCUCCUACCGGUAACGCGAGCGUGACCAAAUCGUUGUCGGCCAAGGAGACGACUCCGAAGAGCUCGCAGCCGAAGCUUGGCCAGAAGACGGAGACGAAGAGCGCGGAACCAGCGAAGACGAACACAGUGCAACGUGCAGCGAGCGGCAAAUCGAACGUGGCUUCUUUACAACAAAAAUUCGAAGCGAAUAGGAAUGUUAACGCGACAAGGACGGUACCGAGCGUGCAUAAAAAGACAGUCGGGGGCAAAGCGAACGAAGCGGCGACGACGACGGGUCUUAAGAAGUAAGAGAACGGUGCAGGAAUCGUAGUUGAAAAUAUUCUAGUCUAUCGAACGGUGACACGCGAACGUACGAGAGAUAUUAUUUUAUUUAAAUAUCAGGCUGCAGAGACGGGAAGUCGUUAUAGUACAAUGAUCAACGUUCGUUCGGGGAACCGAGCGAUGGAAAACUGAUUGAUCUAGAGGAUGAACUCGUAUUAUUCAGAAUGUCGUGCGGGAGUCAGGUUGUAUCGGCCGCGGGACUCGCGGCAACGAAAUAUUACUGUUGUAAAUAGUAGUUACUUAAAAAUUCUAAUAUUUUUUGUAGAGGUUGCUCGUACGUCUUCGAAAUACUUACGCCGUAAAAGGAAAAAACGAAAAAAAAAAAGAAACGUUCGAGCGUACGUACGCGCAAAAACAGUAACGAUCGUCAGAAUAUUUACUUUGAGAACAUUUUUUAAACGAGACGACAGAAUGCGUAACAAUUUAUUUUCAAAAAUUUCGCCUCACCCAGCGAAGUGGAACGCGUGAACGAAAAUAACAAGAAUUCUUGAACUCUGUGAUAUACGUGUAACGAAAGGUAAAUACAGAAACAUCGUACAUUUAUUAUAAGUAGCAGAUUAUAGACGCGACCAAAUCUAUCAUUUUAUAUAUGUAUCGAGACUCGGCGACGCGAUUCAAUUUUCAAAAGAGGAAGAAUUAAUUUCGAAAGGGAAAACCAUAUCCAAGCAAUAAGAAUAAAAGCAUACCGAUAGCACGUUCCAAAGACUAAAGUCUGAAAUUUCGAUCGUACCUUUAAGAUCCCAACGAGUUGAAUUAAAAAUUGUAUAGUCAGCUUGAUCAGUAGUGUUUGCUAGAGUCGUACGCUGUAUUCGAAAACGAGAACAGAAUUUCUUCUACGAUAAGAAAAAACGCUAGAGUACAACGUUAGAGACGUUUCGUUCGACCUUUUACUUUCGCACGGUUCUUUACGUAUGCAUCGUGAACGGAGACACGAAUUUCGAGCCUGGACGUUCGAUCGCUAAAAAGCAUUAGUAUCGUUAGACACGUAAAGACUACCUAAGAGAAAUAUUUAUUUGACUGAUCGAUGUAAAUAUGUUUAUAACGUAAGUAGAUGUAAGUUGAAUUUUGUACAAUGUACCUUCGUGCUCGCUAAGUCAUCAAAUUGAAAAAACGCGACUUCGGCAUUUAGCUUGUUGAACAGGUGUCUUCGUCGAGCGUGUGAAAUUCGGGCUUGUAAAGAGAAAAAGGUUUUAUUGAACGGCACAGUUGUAACGUGUUCGUGCAUUUAUCGUUUCUCGCGUACUUUAAGAUUGCUCGCCGGUUUUAAUUUACACAGUUCCUAUGUACAGGCGUCUCUCGACGCGUUCGAACAUUUCGAAGACCGCAGCUUAUAUGUUCAAUAAAGCUCUUUUACGAUUACCUAUCCGCUGUCCGCAUAUCGUUUGCCGUCUAGCCGCUUUUAUUAUAUACUGUUUCACGCAAUAACGUCGUGUGUAUGGCUUCGACGUAAGGACAAUCAGGCAUUUUGUACGACACGCAAAAAUCUCUGAUCGAAUGGCAAAUCGCGACGCGUCGGGAUUGGAACAACGAUCCUCCUUCGCCCGUGUUAAGGAUCUAGCGAGACAGACUGUUACUGGUGUAAUAAUUACGAGUUGUAAACAAAAAAAUAAGUAUUUUUAAACGAAUGUCCGAAUUUUCAGAUCAGAGAACGUGUGCACGUAUCACGUUUUGCCAUCCAAGAGAAACGAACGAGAUCUCGACAAGAUUUUGAGAACGAUAAGAUUAUUAUUGUUAGGCUGCCGAUUUUUACGAACACACUUUCGUUUCGCCCUUCAAACAUUGCGGCAUCUGAUUUGUGUCAGAGAUUUCGUCUAUCUUUGCGUGAUUGCACGCAUUUCGUAAAACCCGUAGUCUAAUUAUUUUUAGAGGCACCAUUCGUUUCCGAACGAAAUUGUUCACAGCCUACGAUAGUUAACAGACAUCGACGCAUUUUACGUUCAGUAUACCAAAGAUAAGUUACAUUCUGCGUGUUAAAGGGCCAAGAAUUUACGCUAUCGUAACUACUUAAACGUUGUCUUGUAACUUGUACAUUUCCUAAUGCAUAAUAACGUUACAAUAAAUUCUUUAUUCCGUG